GGCUGAACGGGAAAUCAUCCAGGCGCUACGCAAAACACAAACAGAUCACCGGGACUGAGCAGCCACAACACUAAAUGAACACGGAAAAGCGGGACAGACAGACGCCCAGGACGCCCCGGCGCUGCGCCACAGAGCCAGGAACAAGGACAUGGUAGGAUGCUCAACUCCAGCAGCAACUCGUCGGGCAGCGGCUGCGGCCACAGCACAGUGAUAACCAGGACGGUGCUUCCCCUGCUCUACUGCCUCAUCUUCCUGGCGGGGCUGGCGCUGAACGCCGUGGCCGCCUGGCUCUUCCUGCACGUGCCCAGCAAAAAGAGCUUCAUUGUCUAUCUCAAGAACAUCGUGGUUGCCGACCUCCUCAUGAGCCUGACGUUUCCUUUCAAGAUCCUCGCCGACUCGGAAAUCGCGCCUCCGCAGCUCAAUGCGUUCGUGUGCAGAUACUCCGCUGUUGUUUUCUACACAAACAUGUACAUCGGGAUAGCGUUCUUUGGCCUCAUCGGUUUUGACAGAUACUACAAGAUUGUAAAGCCUUUGUUCACCUCCUUUGUUCACACUGUCAACUGCAGCAAGGUGGUCUCUAUAAUUGUAUGGUUAUUGUUAAUGGUUAUAUCAUUUCCAAAUAUGAUCUUAACUACUGAAAUCACUAAAGAAAAUUAUUCCAUAAAAUGUAUAGGUCUUAAAAGUGAGCUGGGCAGACAGUGGCACAAGGCAUCCAGUUACAUUUGCACAGGAAUAUUCUGGGUUGUUUUUCUUCUGCUAAUCAUUGUUUACACUUCUAUAUCCAAAAAAAUAUACAGCUCUUACAAAAGGUUCAGAAGGAGCUCAGAAGCGACCAAGAGGAAAACCAACCGCAACAUAUUCAGUGUCAUGUUCGUGUUUGUGGUUUGCUUCGUCCCCUAUCACCUCUGCAGGAUCCCGUACACGCUCAGCCAGACGAGCUCGCACUUCAGCUGCCGGGCGAGAGCAGCCCUGUUCUACGCCAAGGAGUUCACGCUGGUGCUGUCCGCUGCCAACGUCUGCCUCGACCCCAUCAUUUACUUCUUCCUCUGCGUUCCCUUCCGAGAAAAGCUGUAUCAAAAACUGCAGCUCAAGCUGAAAACUUCAAGCGAGGCUGAAAUUUCUAAAUCCAAAAGAUCCAAUACGCUCGGGGAAAGUAUAAACAUAAUGUAGGUUCAGGGCUGCAAAAUAACGCACGUUUCGGAAAGUGACUCAAGUAUUCAGGCCUCAAAGAAACCAAACAGAUGAGAACCAGCAGUAACAGAAAAAGCUUUCAGCAUAAAGAUACCAAGUGGAGUUUCUCUGUAUAAUCACUUUAUUGCGUGUUGCCAAUAUAUUUACUACGUGCUAUUGCAGCUGAUGCUGUGGGUGCAUUAUGGUGGGAUACGACCUGUCUGGAUCUCAAAACAGAGAGAGGAACAACUGGAACAAAACCCCCAGUGCCCCAGCCAGGGACUGUCUGACAGCCAUCCCCAAAGCCACGCGCCGCGGUUCCCGGGAGCCGCGCGACACGAUGACAGCACCAGCCAGCCCAGGGACCAGGACCACAGGCAGUGACGUGGCCCAGACCCCACGUCCCACAGCCCACGGACAGGAGCGGGACCGCAGGCAGGGACGUGGCCCAGACCCCACGUUCCACAGCCCAUGGACAGGACCAGGACCACAGGCAGAGACGUGGCCCAGACCCCACGUUCCACAGCCCACGGACAGGACCAGGACCACAGGCAGAGACGUGGCCCAGAGCCCACAUCCCACAGCCCAUGGACAGGACCGGGACCCUGGGCAGCUCCCGGCUGCUCCAGCUCCCGGAGCAACGCGCCGAGGCAGUGCGCAGCGGCGGGAAGGGCUAUCGCAACAGCCACGGAGAAAACGUGAACCAAAAAUACAGAUGAAAUCCUCAAAGAUCUGCACAGAGCCUAUAUAUAUAUAUAUAUAUAUAUAUAUAUAUAUACACAUAUAUAUAUAUAUAUAUAUAUAUGUAUAGGAUUUCUUAGGGGAAACACUCUAUAAACUUAGGCAUUAAGCAUGAUUGUCACCCUUAGGCACCAAAUGUAAGAGUACUUCUGUAAAACGCGAUGCUCAAGACAAGCAUCUAAGGAGGAUCCUUCUAUAAACCAACACAGUUACACUGCACCAUACUCCUCAGGGCUUCUCUGCAGUAACACGGUGUACACCAAAGAUGUUCACACCAAACUGAGAUCUCAGUAACUCCUGUUGUUGCAAAAGACGGUAAGAACACUUAAAGACCCAAAGAGUCUAGAAACUCUGGGGUAUAUUUGAAUCCAGCAAGAAGAAUGUUUUGGGUUUUCCUGUGCUUUUGGGACGAUGAUAAACCAUUUCUCUUUGUACAAAGACAGUAGCUGAAAGCCACUAACCUUCUAUAUAUAAACACAAUAUCCUUUUUUAACUGUA